AUGAUUCGAGCGCAGCGGCCUUCCCCCACCUCACUCCUCUUCUGCUCGCUGUCGGAGGCCCGCUUGUUGAGGCAGCGCUGCAUCGUCCGCCGUUCCUAUCCCCUCAGCGGAAUCACCCGGAUUGCUGCUGCGAAAAUGGGAGGCAGCGCCGACGUGUUGACUUCCCCCCCUGCACAAGCGGUGAUCGGUGACCCCGAAUCCCUGGCGAAGAAGAAGGCCGCGAUUCGCGAGCUAGGGCCUGCUAAGCUCCAGGUGAGAUCUUCUUUUCGUCCAAGUUUAUCAUUCCCGGCUUUCCUGGCGAAUGUGGCUUGUCAAGGGGGGACGCACUUUGUGGUGUUCUCUCGACUGAUGCAGCGUGAACAUGCUAUUCGGGGCAACAAUUUUUUUUUCAGGUGAUUGCAGAUUUCGAUGGAACGCUCACUAGAUAUUGGAUUGACGGUUGCCGUGGACAGAGUAUGCUCUUGAUCUAACCUCUUGGUGUUCUUACCUGUGAUGCUGAACUAACAUAGAUUCUCCUUUUUGGAUCGAUAUGUAUAUGUAUUUUUACCUAACAUAUUUCAUUUGUGGCUGGUUUGUAGCCAGUCACGGCCUACUGCAGCAGAGUGAUCCCGUGUACGAUGCCAAGAGGCAGGCACUGUACGAAUAUUAUCACCCGCUGGAGUACUCCCCCACGAUUCCCAUAGAUGAAAAGACAAAGCUCAUGGAAGAAUGGUAAUCACUUCAUGCGACUAGUGUCAAGAGCAAAAUGCUAUCAAUUAGAUGGUUUUUUUCAAGCAUUUUCUGCUUAAAAAUAUGCUUCAUUUGCCCGCGGAUGAUUCAACCUUGCCAGUCGUUGUGUGGAAUGUCCCUAACCCAAUGGCAUCUAUUCGACUCGUUGUAUGGUGGUUUUCUCCUGAAACUCUGGCCUCCAUUGGGCCUAAGCAUGAAAAAAUAAUUCCAGAUCAUGAAAAUGACCGCCUUUCUACAUCCAUCGUUGAGUUAGUUCUCUUCUUCAAAAGAUUUGAAGUUUCUAGUCCUCUCUAAUUAUUGGAUGAUGCACAGGUCAAAGACCAAAAAAUUUCAAAUUUCUUUGAUUGAUGACCACUAAAUUUCAGUCCAUCGGUCAAAAUGAGAGAAGAAAGGGUGUAUCUUCGCUCAAAACAAAGGAAGCUUGUUUACUGAUUUUACCAAUGAAUCUUAAUCACAGAUGCAUGGAACCUUUCAUAUUCAAAGAAAAGGGCUUUAGUGUUGGUUUUAUGAGUAACAAGGUUCCACAGAACUUUGGAAGUAUUACUUUUCAUUUUUUUCUACUGUAAUUAUAUAGACAUCUUAAGUUGGAGAAUUUUUUUGGUUAGCAGUAUAAACAUGCAUGUUAACUCAUAUUCGGCCAUUGGUGAUGUUCACGGUUGUAUAUCCUAUGCCUGAAGAUUUAUUACAUGAGGAUUGGAUCAUAAAGCAAUUGGAGAACAACUCGAUUCAUAUUAAUGCUCACUAAAUUGUCAAAUUCUCCUGGUAAUGUACAUUCCAAAAUAUCAUAGAUUCCUCAUGCUACUUCCAUUUAAUUUCCAAACAGAGUUUAUUAAGAAAUCCUUCAGUAAGGAUAAAAAGGACAGAACAUGAGGCAAAAUUGAUGGAUAUUUUCUCUUCUGUUCCGCAUAGAAAACAUUAUUCUUUUUACGGUCCAGUCAAGUAGUUACUUGCCAGCUUGUGCUUAUGAAAACAAGGGUUUAUUUCUAUUCCGUCGGUCAGUAUCUUAUUUAAGUUCGAGAAACUGAAGAAACUGAUUUAAUGACUUUAGGUGGGACAAGACCCAUUCUCUUCUUAUCGAAGGAGGCCUCACCUACAAUGACAUUCAGAAGUCUGUCUCAAAUGCCAAUAUCGCCUUUAGAGAUGGGGUAGUCGAACUAUUUGAGUUUCUAGAGGUAUGGAUUGCAUUCACUGAUGUUUGGUAAUAUCCAAACAAAGUUGUCUAAAUUGGACUUGGUUGGAAUCAUUAGAUCUGAUGCAUUCAAUGUUCAAGAGCAUACAUUCAAUAUGAUGCAUUCUUUUCAUAUCUAGUGUGUAACUGGUGAAUGGUGGCUUAAAAAUUCCGAGUGAUUCCAUGACAUGCAUCAAGAACUACCAUGCCUACAUAAUAAAAUAAAAUAAAACUUUGUAGAAUAUGCAGAGCUACACGCUAUCAGAUGCUUGGCCUCACUAAGUCAUAUCAUCAUUACAGAAGCUCAAUAUUCCGCCAUUCUCAUUGAGUCUACAUACCCUUUCAAUGGGGUGAAGUUGAAGCUUUCUACUCGUUUACAUUUUAACCUUGGAAGCUUUCGUCAUUAUUUCCAGUUAUCCUAUGGCACAGUCUUAGAAGCAUGUUCUAUGCUCCUUCCUCUACGAAUUCUAUGAAUCUCCUGUGAUUCUUUGCUUAAUCAUUCUAUGCUCCUGUGACUUACUGGCUGAUUCUGUGUCCCCGGUUUUGAUUCUCAGGAGAAAGGUGUUCCUGUUCUGGUUUUCUCUGCAGGGCUUGCAGACAUUAUAGAAGAGGUCGGUAUGAUAAUCCCAGCUAUAUAUACUCGACCAGUUUCAACUGACAGCAGGUGUCACAUGUUCUUCAGGUGUUCAGGCAAAAACUUCAUAGAUCGUUCAAAAAUAUCAAGAUAGUGUCAAACCGCAUGGUAUUUGAUAACGGCCGCCUUGUUGCCUUCAAAGGUAUGAUACUUCUCUAAAGCAAGGGAAUUCAUGGCCAUCUUCUAUUUACCCACACCUCUUCUCUCUUCUUUCAAAAGCUCUUAAAUUCCACUGUUUUCUGUGCCGCCGCUCUCCUUCUCUUUGUUCUCAUCUUCCUUCAAUUUUUCUGUGUGUUGUCACUACUACUACAUCUUCUCUUGCUUUUUGAGUGAUGCUCUUCAUUCACCGCUCUCUUCUACUACUCAUCUUGCUUCUUUUGGCCGACAGGGAAGACGAUUCAUGUCUUGAACAAGAACGAGCAUGCUCUGGAUAUGGCUGCCCCAGUACAUGAACAGCUGGGAGAGGGCAAUGGCUCGAAUGGCGACAAUAUGUCAGUCAAGAAGAGAACAAACGUGUUGCUUCUCGGAGAUCAUACGGGGGACCUUGGAAUGUCCGACGGCUUGAAUUAUGAGAACCGCAUCGCCAUUGGGUUCCUGUAAGUUCGACUUAGAUUUCUUACUUGACGAUCAGAGGUUUCAUUUUGUCAAUCUGGCUGCUGAUUAGUUUGACCCUUAAAGCAGAUCAUCCUCAAUGUUGAUUAUGAUUGAUAAUAAUAAUAAUAAUAAUAAUAGAAAAGCAUUCCAUCAAUUCAUCUUCUUACUGCGAAUGAGCUCUGCCCAGAGGGAUGUUACUAGCUAGCCCCAUGGAGCUCUGCUUUACAUCAUUGAAGUAUACAUACCAAUGCUCUCCAUUUUGUCUUCCAUAAGACAUUUAUUCUUGUCUUAUUCAUGGUAGUUCAUAUGGUGUCCAUUUGUGUUCAUAGGAACAACAAUGUCGAGGAAUCUCUCAAAACCUACAGCGAGGCAUUCGAUGUGGUGUUCACUGUGAGUUUCCCUCUGAUUUGUCCACUGCCAUUUCUAUUUCUGUUCCUUGAAGGCCAUCCCUCCCCCAAAGUAUCCAUCAUUCUCAUCUUCUCUUUUUUUUGUGGAUCUCUUCUUCUGCAGAAUGAUGGGUCUAUGCACGGAGUGUUGCAACUUGUUUCCCAACUGUGUUCUGAUACUUAG